AUGUCCAACGAAGAGACGCAAAUGGAUAUCCAGGAGGAGCAACCCCAAGAGAUACCGGAUCCAUUUUCCCAUAUGGACGAAGAUGCUGCUGAAGACGACGAACCGACGGUAUCAAUUAGCGCUCCAAAGAAAAAACUGAAGCAGCCAGUUCAGUUGACCCGUGAACCAGGAAAGUCCUUGUUUCCUUUCUCCCGUGUACAGAGGAUCAUCAAGGCUGACAAGGACAUUCCCAUUAUGGCCAAAGAUGCUACUGUUCUGAUUUCAUUGGCCACGGAGGAGUUUGUUAAACGGUUAUGUCAAGAGGCGCAUCGUAUUGCUGAACGGGAAAAGAGAACAAUGGUACACGCGAAGGAUAUAGCUACGAUUGCCCGAAAGGCGGACGAGUUCCUUUUUCUAGAAGAGAUCCUAUCGCAUCGCCCAGCUGAACAGCUGAAGAGAAAACCGAAGGCACUGGCGGAGAAAGAGAAAGAACCAGCAGAGAAAGAGAAAGAACCAGCAGAAAUCGAAGGGUCAACACUUAUAGACCAUUUCGCUCCACCAAAGAAGACCACGGCAGAGACAAAUGAAAGCGGUUCACAGGUUAUAGUCAUGAACGACGACGGGACUAUGGAAAUUGAACCAAGCACGGCGACUUAG